CUCUCUGUUUCGAGAAACAGAGAGGAGCGGUGGGGCAUGAGGAGUGAAGAAAAGAAGAAGAAGAGGGAAAAGAAGAGAGGAGGAAGAAGAGAGGAAGAAGAGGGAGAAGAGAAGAAGAAGAAGAAGAGGAGGUGGCUGCAGCGAGGGCUGCAGCGAGGAGCUGUGGGGCGUGGGGAGAAGAAGAGAGGAAGAAGAGGGAGAAGAGAAGAAGAAGAAGAAGAAGAAGAGAGGAGGAUAGCUGCGGCAAGGCUGCAGCGAGGAGGUGUGUGGCUUUGGGGAGGAAAAGGGAAGAGGAGAAGAAGAGAAGGAGAAGAAGAGGGAAAAGAGAGGCAGCUGCAGCAGCCAGGGCUGCAGCACCUCUGUUUCCCGCAGGUGGAAACAGAGGAGAGGAUGUGUGGGGCGUUGAGGAUGAAAAGGGAAGAAGAAGAAGAAGAAGAAGAAGAAGAAGAAGAUAGCUGCGGCAAGGCUGCAGCGAGGAGAUGUGUGGCCUUGGGGAGGAAAAGGGAAGAGGGGAAGAGGAGAAGAAGAAGAAGAGGAAGAGAAAGAGGUGUGAUACCUCUGUUUCCUGCAGAGGAAACAGAGGAGAGGGUGUGUGUGACGCCGGGGAAGAAGGGGCUGCAGCUGCGGCGAUGGCAGCUGCAGCUGGAAGAGAAGAAGAAGAGGAAGAUGAGCAGGGGAGGAGGGAGAGGUUGCGGCCGUGGCUGCGGCCGCGACUGCAGCAGUUGCAGCGGGGAGAGAAGAAGAAAAAAGGAAGGAGAAGGAAGAGGAGAAGGGAAAGAAGUAGCUGCGGCUGCGGUUGUGGCAGCUGCAGCUAUGGCAGGGAAAGAGGAAGAGAAAAAGGAAAGGAAGAAGAAGAGAAAGGGAAGGAGAGGAAGAAGAGAGGAAGAGGAGAAGGGGCUGCGGCUGCGGCGAUGGCAGCUGCAGCUGUGGCAGGGAAAGAGAAAAAGGAAAGGAAGAAGAAGAGAAAGGGAAGGAGAGGAAGAAGAGAGGAAGAGGAGAAGGGGCUGCGGCUGCGGCGAUGGCAGCUGCAACUGUGGCAGGGAAAGAGAAAAAAGGAAAGGAAGAAGAAGAGAAAGGGAAGGAGAGGAAGAAGAGAGGAAGAGGAGAAGGGGCUGCGGCUGCGGUGAUGGCAGCUGCAGUUGUGGCUGGGAAAGAAGAGAAGGAAAGGAAGAAGAAGAGAAAGGGAAGGAGAGGAAGAAGAGAGGAAGAGGAGAAGGGGUGGCAGCUGCGGCAGUGGCAGCUGCAGUUGGAAGAGAAGUAGGAGAGGAAAUAGAGUAGCAGAGGAAGAAGAGGCUGCGGUUGUGGUGGCUGCGGCCAUGGCUGCGACUGCGACUGCGGCAGUUGCAGCUGGGAAAGAAAGGAAAGGAAAGGGGGAAAAAGGGGCUGCGGACGGGAUUGCGGUCGCAGCGGCAGCGACUGCGUAUGCAGCAGUUAUGUCUGCGAGAGAAGGGAGGAAGGAAGGUAGUGCGGUGGAAGGGGCUGCGAUUGUGGCAGCGGCAGCGGCGGCGGUUGUGGCAGCUGCGUUUGGGAAAGAAAAAGAAGGAAUGAGAGUAAGAGAAAGCAGGUGACUGUACCUCGAUAUUCGACACGUGGUGUAGUUGCGAAGAAAGGAAGAAAACGGGAGCACAAAACGAAACAGAGAGAGGACACGGAGGAAAAGUAGAAGGAUUUGGGCUAGCACCUUCUUUGGAUCUUCGGAUCGAAAUCCUUGAAAGGUCAGCUUGUCACUCUUCGAGAUGUUUGAUUUGGGCUGAGGCAGUGGAUAGCUAUUCAGAAUUAUGGGCAAGUCUUGUUGGUUGUUAUGCUAUUGUUGUAUAAGUAUGUUUUGUAUGUAAUGAAAUGUUGUCGAUGAACCGAAAUGGAUAUACUGUGUCAAAGUGUUAGGAGAUCUCUCUUAUUUGGAAUUUCUGAAUGUUAAGCCUAAUUUAUAAUGAUAUGAACUUGUGGUGAA